UGAGAUCCCUAUGCAGAAUUUAGAUAAUUAAUACCCGAGCUUAUGCCAAAAUCCCUAAAUUUAUUUCAAUAUGAAGGAACUCUAAAAUUGUGUACAGUUACAUUUAAAUAAAGGAAUCUAAGAAAUUUGUUUUUAUUUUAUUGCAAAAUAUCAAAUUUGUUUUAAUUAUGGGUUCUAUAGCUUUAAAAAGUCUUUCUGUGCUACUAGGCAUAUUUUUCCUAUUUGUAGGUAUUCUCAAAAUUAGUCCUGUCAUCAGUAAAGAACUUCACAAAGAUCUCAGAAAAGAUUAUGUCAAAUAUGCUAAAGUAUUUCCAUUAUCAAAAAUAAUAGAUUUUAAAAUUCCAGCAAAGUGGUAUAGAAGAGCAAUUGGAGGAAUUGAAGUGUUAAGUGGCAUAUGUUUGACUUUUGUUCCUAUCCGAAAUAUAAAACAAGGAGCUAACAUUAUUUUAUUAGUGUCUCAUUUAUUGGCUAUAUACACUCACUAUGCAGCAAAGGAUAAAUUUGAACGAAUGGCUCCAUCACUGGUAUUUUUAUUUAUGUUAGCUGGCCGACUAGUUAUUGAUUACCAGUUAAGACGCAAAGAAUUAGCAGAAAUUGCUGAAACUAAAGCUCAAAAACAAGAUUAAACUGCAUUUAGACAUUAGUUAUAACAGUUUGAUCCCUUUUUUUAUACUUCAAAAUUUAAUUUAAGUAGUUAUUAAAUCACUUGCUGUUUUGUGAACUUGUUAUUGUCGUGUCUCAAUAUUUGUAUCAAUAACAUUUAGUGUUUUUUUAAUCUAGUCAUUGUCUCUAAUAAUGUAAAUAAUUAUGAAAUGUGUGUUUUUCUAUAACUUUUUAAAUGUGAUUUUAUUUAUUUUAUAGUAAAACAUUUACCAUGGCUCUUAAUAAUAUAAAGUAUAAUUAGUUUUCACUAUUACAUGUACAUUAAAAACACAAAAAAGUAUUUAAAUAUAAAUAAAUAACAUGUAAAAAAAAGCUUAUAAAUUAUGAUUCUUCACCAGUCGUUAAUAAUUUCAAUGCUUUUUGUAGAUUACUUAUAGAUUCUGACACAUCAUCAUAAUUUAGGGCACUGGAAGCAAAUUUACAGUAUUUUUGAACUUUAGUAAUUUGAUUUGGUGUUAAUUUUACUCCAUCUAAAAAAAUGCAUUCUUAUUUAUUUAAAAAGUACAUUUAUUACCUUAAUUUUUUGUGAGAUCAAAAAUAUUCCAAUAAAUAAAAAAAUAAACAGUAUAA